GCGACAAACAUUCAAAUAGGCUGGUUUCCGCAACGCUCAACUUGACCUCUACCACACCUACUAGGAACAAAAGAAGCAUAGAAUUAACCAAGAUGGUUUCUCAUUUUUACGAUUUUGCACCACUCGACAGAACUGGCAAGCCCUUUCCUUUUAGUGAACUUAAGGGAAAGGUUGUUUUGGUUGUCAAUACCGCUAGCAAGUGUGGCUUUACUCCACAAUUCCAAGGUUUGGAGUCUUUGUACCAAAAAUUUAAGGACCGUGGUUUGAUGGUUAUUGGUUUCCCUUGCAAUCAAUUUGGCGGCCAAGAGCCUGGCAACAACGAAGAGGUUGGUGAAUUCUGCCAAAAGAACUAUGGUGUCACUUUCCCCGUUUUAUCAAAGAUCAACGUCAAUGGCGACAAUGUUGAUCCCGUCUAUCAAUACUUGAAGAGCGAAAAGAAGCAACUUGGUCUUGAGAGAAUCAAAUGGAACUUUGAGAAAUUCCUUGUUAACCGCCAAGGUCAAGUCAUUGAACGCUACUCUAGUAUCAGCAAACCUGAACAUAUUGAAAACGAUAUCGAAAGUAUCCUUUAGACAGUGUUCUUUUUAAUUUUCGUAUACACAUACAUACAUAUAUAUUCCUAUUGACGACUUAUGCAGUCCUGUUUUCUCAUUGAAUAGUCUGAGGAUUGGCUUAAUUUUUUAUUUUUUUCUCUUCGGAUGCGUUUCUUAUAGAAUGAAAAGAAAAUGAUAGUUUCUUGUAUUUAUUUCAUUGACUCGUUUUGGUUUUUGGUUAUUUUUUGUAUAGGAAGAAAACCUUGGCUUGUUUGUUUCCCUUUCAAACACUGAAAAUAAAACGCAACACUAAGUGUACCGUGAUCGUAAAUUGACCAACUGGGCUGGAGACAUCGAGACUUUUAUUUAUUUAUUCUUUCUUUAUUUCUUUUCUUUCUUUUUUUUUGUUUCGUCCUCCUAUUCAACUCUGUUGUCUUUGGGUGAAAUCAAAUUUCUCCUUCUUCCUGUUGAAGUAUAUAUUCAAUGUUUACAAUGUCGCCAGCUCGAAUCACGGCUUUGUCUACCGUACCCCAGUCGGUAUGGAGAUGGGAAACUGCAACUUUUGAUUCUGAGCUGUCUAUACCGCUAAAUUCUGCUUGUACUUCUUUUUGAUUGUGCAAGUACAGAACAAUGGUCGGUGUAGACAAACUCAUUUUUCGAUAAAACCGAAGCGUUCUCAUUCUCUGCUGGAAUGCCAGAGUAUUGUCACUGGUAUCAACCAUUGUAAAAUAAAAAAUCAAUUUUGCUCAAACUUUUCUUUUUUUGUAUAACCAAUCUUCAAAAUUUCUACGAAUUUGUAACGAAAAUUUUUCAUCAGCUAUUGACUUACCAAACGCC